UGCCGCGGCUCGCGCCCUCGGCUGCGCGCGGGUUCCCCCGCGGUCCCGGCUCUGCCCUCACGGCCCCGGCCGGGAGCGCUGGCGGACACGGGGCGAGGGAGCCGCGAACGAGACCGAGGAGCGGGGUUCGUGCGGGGCCCCCGGGCUGCCGAGGAGCAAGGCUGGGCCUUGAACCCGCAGGCGUGUGCGCUAAGGAACGGGACACGUGAAGGGAGAGCUUCCCCGCUGAGCCUGUGCCAUCCCUGCUGAAACCCGGGAAUUUGAAGCAGGGGAGCCUAAUAGAGGUUUACAGGAUGAGAGUAGUUAAGGGUAUCUUUUGUGUUUGCCGGAUUGGAGGUCUGGGCUGUGAGCGCCUUUGGGCAUUAUCUACCAUCUUUGUACCUGCCAAGCAGAUAACAUUUGAAAAGAGACUGAAAGACCUUUUCCUAUAGAUGGGAACGGGGGAAGGAGCACAGACGUGGCAACUCUUUCACAGGCUCCUGCAGGACCACCAUGGCUUAUGAUGGCUCCAAGAAGAAAGAAGAGUUCCUAGAGAGUCACCGGAGUGCUGAUGACGGGCUGGCACCUGGCAGGAUACAGCGAGAGAAAAAGCGCUCGUACAAGGAUCUCCUGCAAGAGGAAAACGAGAUCACAGCUCAGGACAGUGAGUUUUUUCCAGGGACCGAAGCUCACAAAAAGAAGAGAAAGCACUCCUCUGAUGAGUUCUGCUACAGAGGUGUCUCACCUUUGGAUCUACCAUCAAAGAAGAAGAAAAAAGCAGCUUCUAGCCCAUCCUCAGCUGAUACAUCCAUGGAUUUACUCAAGGCUAUCAACUCACCUUUGGCCACAAGCUCAAAGUCUUCAAAGAGAACCUCUGAAAAAUCAUCUCAUUCUUCCUCUGGCCAUUCUGAAAGUAGAAAGGAGCAUCCCAAGAAGAAGCUGAGUGGGAGCAGUGGGGAGCACUCAGUGGAAGACAGCAGCUCCCACAAAUCUAAAAAAAUGAAACCUCUUUAUGUGAACACAGAGACACUUACUCUCCGUGAACCUGAUGGCUUGAAGAUGAAGCUCAUCCUUUCACCAAAAGAGAAAAGUAGUGCAGCAGAUGAUGAUUCUUUAUCCUACUCUUCAGCACCAGCAGCUGCAAAGAAAUCUUCAAAGAAAUCAGCUAGAGAUGAACAAGGUUCAUUCGUGCUGGGGCACGAUCUGCAGAGCUUCCUGAAGUCAUCCCGGAAGAAGCACAAAGCACCUCCAGACUCACAUCCGCCUUCUGAGAGUUUUGGUGCUGACACCUCCCUUCAUUCAGAGGGCCAUGGAAGUGAGUAUGAGGUUUCAGGUGUGGAAGCACCACCAGAAUCUGGUUCUUCUUCUGGUGGAGAGUUGGAGGCUGGAGAGCUGGUGAUAGACGACUCCUACCGGGAAAUCAAGAAGAAGAAAAAGUCAAAAAAAAGUAAGAAAAAAAAGGACAAGGAGAAACACAGAGAGAAGAAGCACUCCAAGUCUAAAAAGAGUUCUGGGCACUCUCCUGUGGCAGUAGCAGAAGUAAGAGUGUCACCACCACCUUCCAGUACCCCCUAUGUUGUCCCUCCACCUUCUGCUGUUUUUCACUCAGAUGGUCAAGGUGAGAAGAGGAGGAAAAAGGAAGAAAAGGAGAAGGACAAGGCUGAGAAAUGGGAAAAGGAAAAGGAAAGAGAAAAGGAAAGAGAGAAGGAAAAGGAAAGAGAAAAAGAAAAGGAAAGAGAAAAAGAAAAGGAAAGAGAAAAAGAAAAGGAAAGAGAAAAAGAAAAGGAAAGAGAGAAGGAAAAGGAAAGAGAGAAGGAGAAGGAAAAAGAAAGAGAAAGAGAAAAGGAAAGAGAAAGAGACAAACCAAAGAAGAAAAACAUGUCUGCUUAUCAAGUGUUCUGUAAGGAAUAUCGUACAAAUAUUGUGUCUGAGCACCCUGGGAUAGAUUUUGGAGAGCUAAGUAAAAAACUGGCAGAAGUGUGGAAGCAGCUACCUGAGAAGGAUAAACUGAUCUGGAAACAGAAAGCUCAGUAUCUCCAACACAAGCAGAAUAAAGCAGAGGCCACCACUGUGAAGAGAAAGGCAUCAUCUUCAGAUGGUGCACCAAAAAUGAAAGCUUCUCCAACAGGAGUGAUUUCUCCUCACAAAAAAUCGCCCACCAGCACUGUGGUGGUGCCUUCCUCACCAGCCAAAGCCCCUGAGACAGAUCCCAUUGAUGUAGCUGCACAUUUACAGUUGCUGGGCGAAUCUCUGAGCCUCAUUGGACACAGACUGCAGGAAACAGAGGGAAUGGUGGCUGUUUCAGGAAGUUUGUCAGUACUCCUAGAUUCGAUCAUCUGUGCUUUGGGCCCGUUGGCAUGUCUGACCACACAACUGCCCGAGUUAAAUGGAUGCCCAAAGCAUGUUUUGUCAAACACACUAGACAACAUUGCCUACAUCAUGCCUGGACUUUGAUGGGAAAGGAUCCUGAGAUGUACUCAACCUCUUUGGAACUGACUUGUGUUCAUGCACUACACCGGCGCUCCUGAAGGGCUCCAUGUGGAGGCUUUUUAAGUUUUAUAUGUGUAUAGUAUAUACAUAGGAUUGUAACUAUUUGACUUGUAUUUUAUGAAAAGUUGUGAAGUUAAGCUGAGAAAACUCUUUUGUGUUGGUGGUUGAAAUGUCCUCCAAUCUGAAAGUAUUUUGUAUGAAGAAUUCAGAAAGCUUUUGAGAUAUUCGCCUUAAAUUCAGAUUUAGUAGCGAAAGCAACCAGAGAAGGGACUUCUUGAUAUAUAAAGAAGAAAGCUGUCACCAUGAGAAAGGUCAUUGAAACAAGUGGCCCAGAGAGGUUCUUGACUCUCCUUCCUUGAUGAUACUCAAAAACUGAAUGAGCAGCCUUCUCUAGUUGGACUUGCUUUUAACAGGGAGAUGGACCAGAUGGUCUCCUGAUAUCCCUGCCUAAACUAAAGUAUUGAUAUUCUCUGGGCAGGUAGAGAUGAUAAUAUAUUUUGGACCAAGGAAUAGAACUGAAUUCUUCACCAGCCCUAUUUGUAACUCUUUUUCUGUUUGAAACCCACUUCUUGAGGGGAAAGCUGAAUAGUUUUUUGCCUCUUGGCCACUUUUUCCACCCCCUACUCCUCAGUCAGUUAUUACUGAAAGUUGUCAGUGUUGGUCGGCUGGUCUGGUAGCUGGCAUUUGAAGUGAAGAUGACAAGUUCAAUUUUUCCUUGUGGAGACUCAUAUUGAAAUCAUCAUUAGCACAAUGUAUCAACCCAUUGCAUUGGCUUGAGAGAAUGAACCUCCUGCUGAUUUUUCCACGGCAUGGUCAGCCUGCUUUGAUGCAAAGGAGUAGAGAAGCAGAUGGGAAAAACUUGGAUUGGUUCUGCCCAUCUUGCACCUGUUUUGUGAAAUGGCUCAUCCCCCAUCCCUCUCACCAGCACUAUUGCAGUAGCUGUGGUGCUGCUGCAAGGCAGUGACCAGUGGCCAGUUUGAAGUAGUUAUGGCCAAAUAAGGCACAUGUAGGUUGAUUGGACUGGUUUUCCUCCCUUCCAGCCACAUACUUGGAGUUUGGUUUUCUGCUCCUCUGGAAGAGGAGCCGCAGGAGAACACUUGAUUCCUGUUUAGGCUUUUGUCUGUGUGUAUGUAUGUGUAUGUGGUGUUCAUAUCACAUGUAUUUAGCUUUUACCAAUAUCUGUAACAGAUUUUAAUUUAUCCUGUAUAUUUCUCUGUGCGUGUGUGUAUAUAUUUAUAUAUAUAUACAUAAUUUAAAAGCAAAAAUUCCUCCCUCAGCCAACAGCGUGUGGAAAAUGUGAAUCAAGUUUGCCUCACCUCACUUCCUGCAGGAAUCAACUCUAUGUAUAGUAGUAAGCAUGGGCAUUUUGUAAGGAAACACCAGGAAGAUUCUAAGUGUUUGUAGAAACAGGCUAUCUUGUGAAGGUAGGCAGAACAACUGAAAUACCAUUUGACUCAGGCCUUUUCAGCUCUGUAACAGGAAAGUUUUAAAAUUACAGAAGAGGCAUUUUUUACUUCCAAGUCUAGCUUUUCUUUCUUAGGACAGUUGAAAGUGAGCUGUCCCUCAUUGUGGCUGAGCCUCAAAUCAGAAGUAAAUUAAAUCCUGGGAUAUGGAGGAG